AUCCCUGCACCUCCGUCUCUUUACAUGGAGGGCAUAAUUUUAAGGCGUGCGCUUUUUCCACCACCGACAUUCCCUCCCUCUUUACCUAGGGUGCCGUCUCUUCUGCGGGACCUCUUCCCGGCAAGUCGGCUGACUCUCUGAUGCUCUCUAUUCCUCCAGAUAUAUCUUUGUCUACUGCAGAAUGCGGGUGCGGGCGCUGUCCCGAGAUGCCCUCCGCUCUUAACCUUGGCGGCGCGGUUCAAGUCUGGCGCCAAAUGCUGUGCGUAAGGGCCGGCAGUCUGAGCGGCGAGCAGCCACGCAUGCUCUCCGGUUCUGCGACUCCAUGUAUUCUGGAUAUCAAUUUUGUGACCAAACGCGACCUCCAAACUGCGGCGGCACGGACGGCGAUGGCGGCGCUACUGCCACAGGAAUGCGAUGGUUUCCUGAAGGAGGGUGACCGGAAGCGGCGAUAUCCUGUAGACGUGCGCGGCGCUUAUUGGGAAAUUUUGGGGCGUGAAUUGGGUGCGCGGACUGGCGGUCUUCUACUCAAGCCUGCAGAGGCUGAGGCCAGUGGCAAGUAGCAGGGUUCGUUGCAUCGGCUGGCGGUGCGGCUGAGCGUAGAUUACUCCCUUCGCGAGGCGUGUUCGUAGUCCUCCGGCCUUCUUCCAUCCAUUGACUGGCCGCUCCCACAGCUGCCGAUGCGAGGUCUUCUGCGGGGCGCUCCAACUAGACACCUUCAGCGGACGCAUUCUGUGCGUCCUACUGCAUCUGCCUAUGAGAUUCGGCGCUCUCGUCACGAAGAGGUGGCAGGUCUUCACUGGAUCCUCUUCGUGGUCGACCUGGUUCGACGACUUUGCGCACCUGGACCGUCAUUCCCUUCCGAACUCGUUCGAACCCAGCAGCCUUCGUAUCGUCAAUAGCGGUCAGUCCUUCGGCGCCAAUGGCGCGCUA